UCUCCAUCAAAUUCCAACCAUGGAGAAAACCAUCUUGCUCAUUGCCCUCCUUUUCAUGCUUACUUGCAACCCAACUUCAAUGGCCGAAGAGUUCAUAGAAGAAAACAAAGGCCACCAAAGUGAGUUACGAACCUACAUUGUUCAUGUCAGUAGGCCAGAAAGGAAUAACAAUGGCGUUUCUCUUCAAUCAGAAGAGUUGCAUGGCUGGUACCAAACACUUAUGCCGCAAACCAUUGCAACCUCCAUUCAGGAUCGUAUGGUUUUCUCUUACCGCAACGUGGUCUCUGGUUUCGCCGUGAAGUUGACACCAGAAGAAGCCAAAGCUUUGGAAGAGAAAGAGGAAGUUGUUUCAGCAAGACCUGAAAGAACCCUCACUCUUCACACAACUCACACUCCAUCUUUCUUGGGUUUGCGUCAGGGACAAGGGUUGUGGAAAGAUUCCAACCUUGGAAGAGGCGUUAUCAUCGGAAUUAUAGACACCGGAAUAUUCCCCUACCAUCCUUCCUUCAACGACGAAGGGAUGCCGCCUCCACCGACCAAGUGGAAAGGUCAUUGCGAAUUCACGGGACAAAGAACAUGCAACAACAAGCUCGUUGGUGCAAGAAAUCUUCUCAAGGAAGCCCUUGAAGAGCCUCCUUUUGAAAACUUCUUCCAUGGAACACAUACAGCUGCAGAGGCGGCCGGAGCAUUUGUGGAAGACGCCGGUGUUUUUGGCAAUGCCAAGGGAACUGCAGCUGGGAUGGCACCCGGUGCACACGUGGCAAUGUACAAAGUAUGCAACGACAAAGUCGGGUGCACAGAAAGUGCCAUUCUAGCUGCAAUGGACAUUGCCAUUGAAGACGGCGUAGAUGUUCUCUCUCUGUCUCUUGGUUUAGGCUCUCUUCCGUUCUUCGACGACCCAAUUGCGAUCGGCGCCUUUUCGGCCAUCCAAAGCGGGAUUUUCGUCGGUUGCUCGGCGGCUAACAGUGGUCCUGAAUACGGCACUUUGUCAAAUGAAGUUCCAUGGAUUCUCACCGUUGGUGCAAGCACCAUUGAUAGAAAAAUAGCAGCACUAGCAAAGCUUGGAAACGGUGCAAAAUAUCAAGGAGAAACAUUGUUCCAGCCCAGUAACUUUUCGUCAGAGCUAUUGCCACUUGUGUAUCCUGGUUUAAAUGGAAACAAUGAAUCUGCUUUCUGCACACCCGGAUCCUUAGACAACUUUGAUGUCAAAGGAAAGGUUGUGGUUUGCGAUUUAGGUAAGAUUUCAAGUGUUCUCAAAGGACAAGAAGUUCUGAGAGCCGGUGGUGCCGCCGUGAUUCUGACCAGCCCAGAAAUCGUUGGCUACAGCACCCCCACCAGCGCUUACCCUCUCCCUGCAGUGCAAGUAGGCUUUGGCGCAAGUUUCGCCAUCAAAUCUUACAUAAACUCAUCAAGCACAGCACAAGCAACGAUCUUGUUUGAAGGAACAAUAAUUGGUGAUUCACUUGCACCAGAAGUUGUUUUCUUCUCUUCAAGGGGUCCAAGCCAAGAAAGCCCUGGAAUCUUGAAACCAGACAUAAUUGGACCCGGGGUGAAUAUUCUAGCAGCAUGGGGUGUCUCUGUAGACAACAAAGUACCAUCGUACAAUGUUGUCUCCGGCACUUCAAUGUCAUGCCCUCACCUCAGCGGCAUUGCGGCUUUACUCAAAAGCGCGCAUCCUGAUUGGUCUCCGGCAGCUAUUAAAUCAGCUAUCAUGACCACUGCGGAUACAAAGAACCUCGGAGGCCUACCCAUUGUGGAUCAAAGGCAUUUGAAGGCUGACAUUUUUGCAACGGGUGCAGGACAUGUUAACCCUAAUAGAGCAAAUGAUCCUGGUCUUGUUUAUGAUAUCCACCCUGAUGAUUACAUUCCUUAUCUCUGUGGAUUGAGUUACACGGACAGAGAGAUUGGAAUUCUUGUUCAAAGGAAAGUGGUGUGUGCCAAUGUUAAGGUCAUAGCAGAAGCACAACUCAACUACCCUUCAUUUUCUAUUAUAUUGGGGUCUACUUCACAAUACUACACUAGAACGUUGACCAAUGUUGGACCAGCAAAUUCAACCUAUAGUGUGGAUAUUGAUGUGCCUUUUGGUUUGGGUGUGAGCGUAAACCCUUCUCGGAUAAGGUUCAGUGAGUUGAAUCAGAAGGUUACAUAUUCGGUGGAGUUUAUUCCACAAGUGAGAGAAAAUAGAGGAAACCAUAGCUUUGCUCAAGGUGCUCUCACAUGGAUAUCUCAGAAACACACUGUUAGAACCCCCAUUUCUGUUAUUUUCAAGUGAUUACAUUUAUACAUGGAGUUAGCAGAGGGUGAUGCUCGAAAAAUAAAGGGAAUGUAGUGUCUGCACAAGUUUCAAGGGAUAAUGCUCUUGCGCGCGGAAUGCCUGUUAUAUAUGCAACUUCGUUUGCAACUAAUUGCUUCUUAUUUCUUUUUAUUUUUUAAAUGGAAUUGAUUUAUUUCACAAUAGCUUUUGCUCAAGAUGUUCCACCUUACAAUUCAAAUAGU